GCAUCAGUAUUACGGGGGGAAAGAAACAAUCAUGGCGGACGCGGUGUCUGACAGUGAUCUGCAGGCUGUGAAGCCGCCGCCAAAACGCCGGCGCAUCCUGGACCCUUCAGCUAUCGUCCCGGUGCCCGUUUACUCCAACAAGGUCAGCAGCAGUCUGCAGCUGAAGCCGAUGGCGGCAGUGUUCAGUGAAAAGGAAAACGCAGACGACGGGGCAGACGAGAGUUUGUGGUCGCGGUUUUCAUCUCGAGGACCGAUGGCAUCGUCAGCCCCCACCGUCAUCACCUUCAGUGAUUCUGAUGACGACGAAGCAGAAGAUGUGGAGAACAAACCAGAACGCCUGGAGAAGAGAACAGAACCAGAAGCCAUUCGCAGCCCGUCUCCUCCUCCUCCAGAGAGUCCGGUCCAGAAACAGUCCAGACAGGUCAAACAGAAGAUCAGUGAGAUCGACAGAAAGCUCCGGGCGGUCAACUCCCUCCUGUCUCCUGAACCUCACCAGAGGUCCAGACCCCGCCGAGGCCUCCCGUCUCCGGACGACGACGACGUCAUCGUCAUGAACCAUACCGAUGAUGACGUCGUCGUCAUGAGCCCUACCGAUGAUGACGUCGUCGUCAUGCACCCUAACCCCGGACUUCAGGAUUCUCCGUACAGCUCCUCGGCCCGGGAGAUCCCCCUCAAGAUCCGCUGCCGAACAGACGUCCACAAGGUCCCGGUGCUGCCGUCGACAGCUUUAAGAGAUGUGGUGACCCAGCUGUCCGUCAUCCUUAACGUCCCUCCCCCUCGCCUCCUGCUGAUGAGGGACGAGGUGGAGCUUCCGACACACUCGACCGUCAGAGAGCUCGGCCUCGGCAUCGCUGACAUCAUAGAGUGUGUGGUCAUGGCAGCGGAGGACAAAGAUGGCGCCGACGACAGCAGCAGCAGCUUCAUCUCUGUGAGGCUGCAGAGCAAAGACCGCGACUCUUCACAGGAGUUCUCUCUGCACAGAGACGCGCCGCUGGACUCCAUCUUCUCCCAGUAUCUGUCCAAGAUGUCUGCCGGCGCCCAGAGGCAGGUCCGCUUCCAAUUCGACGGCUCCAAAGUCACACCCUUUCAGACGCCGGCUCAGCUCGACAUGGAGGACGGGGACAUCAUUGAAGUCUGGAUUUAAGCCUCGAGCUUUUUUUGUAAAUGUCGAUAUAAACAAUCACUUAAUUAGUAAUUAAUUAUUAUUAUUAUACACUUCUAAACUUAUUUUAAUGUUUUUGUGAAUGUACAAAACUUUCUAUUUCUGACUUUUUUAUUGUUAUUGAAAGUAAUAAUAAUAAAAUGAGUAGACGUUACUCUGUAAGAAAACUCUCAGGUAAUAUUAAGUCAUUUAGCUUUCAGAUGUUUCAAAGCAAAAGUAACUAUAAAGUCAAAACGCUGCUGUAUUCACAAUCUACCUGAACUAAAAGGUCAGCGGCUGUUUGUCUAACAUCAAAAACAAACUCAACAUAGACUUGAAACCAGAAGACCUUGAAGUGUACGCUGGCAAAACAAAUCUAUUAUUCCUGCAAAUGUGUUUUUGCGUCAUGUGUCUUAUUUAACCUUUGAACAGGUGAGAUCAUAUCAGAUUAUUUUCUCUCUGAUUGACUGAUUGAAUUGUCGGGUUCACAAAAUGUGAGAAUGUGAAUAAUGUCCAUUAAAGUUUAAGCUCAAGUGUACAGAAGUGUGUGAUACAUAUGCCGAUGAAUAAAUUGUCCCAACUAACAGUCCCAAAA